AAUCAUUAAAAAUUGAGAUUCGAAAGGCUGAGCCAGAAUCUCAAAAUUUAAUUCGCCUGACCGGUGGUCAUAUUUUGUCAGAACCUGUGCCUCAGUAUGUGUUCGGUUGCUUGCCAGCUAUAGCAAUAGUAGGCGCGUCACCGGCAAAUAAGUUUACAAAAAGAGGUAAUAAAGAAUCUCGCUGUCUAUUUUGGCUUUCAGUAGAUAACUUUGAAGACAAUCAACAUAGAGGACUAUCAUACAGACCUGUCGGAAUGUAUACUAUGAAAUGGAGAGAGAGUCAAGACAUAAAUAUAAACAAAUAUGUAGAUAGAUGCACAGCAAAAGUAUCAGUUCUAGAAAGAUUAUCAUCAAUAAUACCAAUGUAUUAUAUCAUAAUCGGCGCAAUGGAAGGGAUAUCUACGGCAACUGGAUCAACUGUUUGUGAGGAUUGGCCAUAUAUACCAUUAUUAUUGUCCUGGACAAUUCCCGCGCUCUGGAGAAGAAUAUCUUCGGGAAACCUGGUAGUCAAAGAUCCUAAAGUAGAAUUUGAGAAUAGAAGAAUAAUUAUGAUUUAUGAUCAUGAUGAUAAAAGUCAUAAAUGCAUUACCGUUUUUUUAACUGCUUUCAUAUCAAUAGUAUUUCCUUGGAUUACAGUAAUUUUAGCCUUCCUCAAACCUCCAAUUGGAUUCUCUUGUCGAAUCAAAUAUAUCACAAUAAUCUGUUCCAUAUGGUCAUUCAACAAUGCUUUAGCAUACUUAUGGCAUUUGAAAGGAGAAAAAGACUUAAUUAAACCUUUAAUAUUUCAUGUUUGGUUUUCUAUUUGCGGUUUCAUCAUAGCAAUUCUAUUGUUUGUUCUGGGCUUAUUUAAUAAGAAUCCAGAAUGGUGGGUAGAUCUGUUUGGGCAGUCUUGUGAUAUAUCAAAUGCAGGAUGUUAA